AUGGAAAACCAGGAUAUCCCCAUGAGCACCCCGGAUGAGUAUUCUGCUUAUCCGGAUAUUGACGAGGGAUCGGCGUACCCAUGGCAGAGUACACAAACACAGACUAACCAACAUGUCUCACGGGAUAUUCCUACCUCAUUAAUUGAUCCUCGACUCUAUGGAGGAGACCUACCAGUUGAAGGCAUACCAGCUGAAAAUGCAGAGGACGCUUCGUCGGCUCCAGAGUAUUAUAGCGACUUAUCUGACGACAGUCAACUUGAUCUUGGUCGAUUAGAUGUUGGCGAUGAUGACUCGGAUUUUGUGAACCAAAGUGAAUCUGAUGACUCUGAUGAACAAGAGAGCGAAGGAGAUGAUGCUGACUCUGAAUCUGAUGGACGCCGUCAACGCCGCCGACGCCGUGGAGGCCCCUUUUCAGGUCGCUGGGGUGCUCGUGGUAAAAAAGGUGUCAAGAGAGGACCUCGAAAACCCCUUGAGCCAGGACCCGAAUUCAAGAUGCUGCAUUCAGAAGCCACUGAAGCUUUCAUUGAUGGAGACUAUGAUCGAGCGAUGGAGCGUGUGAUGCUUGCAAUCCAGAACAAUCCUGAAAUGUUUCCCGCUCAUUCAUUGCUGUCUGAAAUUUUCUUAGCCCAAGGUCAAAAAGACAAGGCCUUGGCAGCUCUGUUUAACGGUGCUCAUACUCGACCAAAGGACCCUGCAGUGUGGCUCAAGGUUGCUCGACUUGUCAUGCAGCGCGCUGGUGAGGAACGCCAAAGUGCCAUGAAGGACGUCAUUUACUGUUACACCCGUGUCCUUGAAAUUGAACCCACCAACUGUCAUGUUCGGUAUCAGAGAGCCGCUAUCUUUCGUGAAUUUGGCUACAAUGCUAAGGCUGCUGCUGAAUACGAACGCAUCUUGCGGGAUCGGCCACACAACGCAAAAGCCCUGCGUCAUCUGGCGGAAGUCUACAUUGACCUGAAUGAGGUCCACAAGGCAAUCAAAUACUGGGUAGAGAGUAUUAAAUACUAUCUGACCAUCGACCCACAAACGACUCGCUUUUCGUGGUCUGAGGUGAACAUUUAUGCUGAGCUUUUCAGCUUGACUGGUCAACUCAGUCAGGGACUUUACGCUUUGAAAUCAGUUGCAAGAUGGCUGCUGGGCCGCAAGGAUGAUACCAUGUGGGACGAUUUUGAUUCUGAUGACCGCGAAUGGGACCCGAACGAUUCACCCCGACGGAUUAAAACCAAUGGAUAUGAUCCGGGUCAGUGGCCCUCGGAUUCCUAUGGGCUUGGGCUUCCACUCGAAUUGCGAAUCAAAAUGGGUCUCUUCCGUCUCCGGCUGGGCCAUUCACACCACCAAGAAGCUCUCCAUCAUUUCGAAUGGUUGAACCCAGACGACACCUCAGAACACGCCCGGAUCUUCGACUUCGGGGAUCUCUUCCGCGAGGUGGCAGACGCUCUGAAGGAUACCGGAUUGCUGGAAGAAGCACUUCGAUUUUACAUUCCUAUCCAAGAAACUGCGGAACAUGCAGAUGUCAGCUACUACAUGGCGAUGGCCGACUGUUGCUUUCAACUUGGUAAAAUGGAAGACGCAGAAACCUUCUAUCUCACUGUUGCUGAGCAUGACUCAAAGCACAUGGCAUCCCGAAUUGCACUGGCUAAACUGUACGAAACCAUCGAGAUGGAAGAAGAGGCAAUGAAGUAUGCCAAUGAAGCUAUCUUAAUUGGCCGGCAGGAAGGUAGGAUACGACGCAGGAUGGAUGCAAGGCUAGAACAACUUGCAGAGGAGUUCAGACGAGCAGAUAUGGUUCUUCCUAAACAAUCCGCUCCUCAGACAGCAGCGACCUUGACCACUUGGGAACCCACAUAUGAUCGAGGAGAUGAAGGGGUCAGUGAGGAAGCUUCACGAGCAGAGGAUGCCCAAUAUCUGUAUAAAAAGUUACUGGAUUUGGAUCCCCAGAUGAAAGAAGGUGUUCCCAAAGCUGUUCAAGACUGGCUCGACAUUGCCGAUGCUCUGCUCCGUGAUUUCCGCUCUAAUCGAGUCUUCUACCCUAUGGCGCGCACAAUGGAGUUCCAAGGAUACCACAAGAAAAGCGACAGGAGCAGGGAAUAUACUCUGCUUGAUGAAGCUCAAGAGGUUGCGGGUCGCAUUCAGAAAUCCACAGGCGAUAGUCGGCCAACUGAACCUGUCCAGGAUAGUGUUCCUAAUGAAUACUAUGGGAUCCCAUUCGAUGAGUGGCUCGACAUGUUUCUUCAGUACGCUCUCGUUAUUACGGAAGAGGGUGAGCCCGAAGAAGCAUACGAAGCUCUUGACUCUGCUGCUGUUGCCAACAUCUGGAUUCACCAGAAGCGAAAAUUGCGCAUGAUUCAUGUCUGCUGGUUCACCUGUGCUCUGCGAGCUCGUGACGAAGAGGCCCUGAUCCAGGAGGCCCGGUGGUUUAUCAAAGAAUAUCAGUUCGUCACGGACACCUACCGACUCUUUUCAAUGCUGAGCUAUCUUUCUGGUGAUACACACAAACCUCUUUUCCAUGCCUCUCCAAGUAUGAAAUUCAUGCUUCGGCAGAUCAAGGCAAUGGACUUCACUAUUCCGGAUGGUCCAGAUAAACCUCAAGUUGUUCGACAAACCAUCUGGAAGGAGCAGGCAGCUCUCUCAACCCGAGAUGAAAAUGGGAAAAGAAUCCCAGCAGAGUCACUGGACAUCGCCAUCAUUGUUCUCUACGGCCACAUCCUUUAUUCAGGAGGUAGUUUCUACCCAGCCUUGAACUAUUUUUUCCGAGCAUACGCUCUUGACGAUCAGAACCCAAUGAUCUUGCUAUCCAUAGCGCUUUGCUUUGUCCACCACUCUCUCAAACGUCAAUCUGAGAAUCGACACUACCUCAUCUCGCAAGGAAUUGCGUUCCUCGGUGAAUACCGUCGCGUUCGAUCGAAGCCAGGAACUCUUCUCUCCGAACGACAAGAGAUGGAGUUCAACUGUGCACGGGUAUGGCAAAGUCUGGGGUUAUCUCAUUUGGCCGUGACAGGGUAUGAAAAGGUGCUUGAGCUUGGCAAAAAGAUCCAGCAACAAGCUGUCGAGACAUCAUCGACGACCGAUGACACUGAUGUGGUUAUGGGUGAGGCGGACCAACCCACACAGCCUGUAACCCCAACCUCGUCGAAGUUUGUAGAGGACUUCACACGCGAUGCAGCGUAUGCCCUUCAAUGUUUGCAUGUUUUCGGAGGGGAUGAAAAGAAGGCAAUGGCUGUCACGGAGGAAUGGCUGGUGAUUUAA